UCCGGAUGCAAAGUUGUGUUGCGAGAGUGGGUAUAUUAUGCACGGGAGUUCGUUUGCUCCUGUGAAAUUAAUCUAGCUAUUCUUUCUCAUUGUUUCGAGAAUCAUUAAACUGAUAUAGAGUUUUAAUAUAAAAUUAAUGCUAUAGCACGUUUCAUUUGGGAAGCAGAGCCUAGAGAAUAAUUAGAUCAUUGCAUAAUCUGCAUAUGGUAAAAUCGUCUCUAUGAGUGAGUCUGUAGAUGACGAAUCUGAUAAUGGCGCUGAAGCCAGAAAUAGUGAUGUGGAAAGUGUCGGAUCAGCUUCCCCACCUCAGUCCCCAGCCUCUGCACCACAGUCACCAUCACCACCACACUCAGUGGCUUCUGCACCAGAGUCGCCAUAUUCUCCACCUCAGUCACCAUCAUCUCAGCCAGCAUCACCAUCUUCUCCACCUCAAUCACCGUCAUCUCCUGCACGGUCAGCAUCAUCUCCUGCCCGAUCAGCAUCAUCUCCUGCCCGAUCUGCUUCUUCGCCGGCUCAUUCGGGAGCAUCUGAAGCUGAACAGUCGGAAGAUGAAAUACAGGUAAGUGCUGGUGAAGAGAGUGGUGAUGAAGAGGCAGGAAAAGGAAAUCAAAGUGAUACAGCACCUGAUGAAGAAAAAGCAAGUGCUAAUACUGAUGAAGAGGGUAAUGAAUCAGAGCACAGUGAGAAAGAAGAUGAAGCUAAGCAGCAUAGUGAAGGUGAAGAAUCAGAACAAGAGGAGAAUAUUCCUGAAAUUAAUAUAGAAAGUGCUGAUGAAGAUGAGCAGCAUUCUGAAAAGCAGGCUGCUUCUUCUGAUAAUGAAAUGGCUGCUGAUAGUGACAAGGAGAAAGAUGAUAAUGAUGGAGGUGACGUAGAGUCUGAUGCUGAAAAUAAAAGUGAUAAUGAAGAUAAGGUAUCUGUGAAUGGCAUUCCUGAAAGAUCUGGUUCAAAUUCUCCUGUUAGUUCCGAGCGACAACCCUCAUCUCCCGUAGCAAGUGGAGAUGAGGAAGAUGAAGAAUCUUCCAUUGUUGGAAAGAAGAAAAAAUCAUCUAAAUCAAAAGUUGAAAGUGAUGCUGAAGAAAAUGCUGAUUCAGAAAGUGAUGCAGAAAGUGAUGAGUCAGAAGUAGGUGGUCUUAUAGCAGAUAUAUUUGGUGAAAGUGAUGAUGAUGAAGAAUUUGAGGUAUUUCUUUUUGAUU